UCUAUCAGCGUGCAGAAAAGAGGAGGAGGAGAGUCACCCAGCUGUCCUGUACACCACUAAAUGUGGGCGGAUGGAAUGGUCCCCCACCUCCUCGUCUGCCAAUGGCAAAGCAAUGAGAGAAGACCCGGUUGUGCGUGCGUGAUCUGCACUCUUCAAUCCGUAGCUCCUCGGCAGCUCACCCUGAAACACGCACAGACACACGCGCGCGCACGCACGCACGCUUGCUGGCACAGGGAGGCACGCGCACAACGCGUCCGCAAGCAGGAGAUGCAGGAGCGCCACGGACUGCUCUCCACCGACAAGAGCAUUACCGAAGCGCUUCUUGGUUUACCGCGAGCUCCGCAGACCCGGGCAGGACCCCAGAGAAAAGCACGCGCCUCGUCCUGCUGUCCCAUGCCACCAUGCGCGUGCUUUCGCCGCGCGCCGCUCUUCUGUCGGUCUCCUACUCUCAGCUGUUCCUCAUCCUCACCAGCGGCAGCUACCUGGCCCUAUCUUCAGUGGUGGCUCUUGGUGCCAAUAUUAUCUGCAACAAAAUCCCCGGACUGGCCCCCAGACAGCGUGCCAUCUGUCAAAGUCGCCCAGACGCCAUCAUUGUUAUCGGUGAGGGUGCUCAGAUGGGUAUCAACGAGUGUCAGUUCCAGUUCCGCUUUGGCCGAUGGAACUGCUCCGCCCUCGGUGAGAGGACCGUCUUCGGCCAAGAGCUGCGUGUGGGCAGCAAGGAGGCGGCGUUUACCUACGCCAUCACCGCAGCUGGAGUGGCCCAUGCAGUCACAGCAGCCUGCAGUCAGGGCAACCUGAGCCACUGCGGCUGUGACAGGGAGAAACAGGGGUACCAGAACCAAGAGGAGGGCUGGAAAUGGGGUGGAUGUUCAGCCGACGUCAAGUAUGGUGUUGAGUUCUCUCGUCGCUUUGUGGAUGCUCGUGAGAUUAAAAAAAAUGCCCGUAGGCUCAUGAACUUGCACAACAACGAGGCAGGCAGAAAGAUUCUGGAAGAAAGGAUGAAGCUGGAGUGCAAGUGCCACGGUGUCUCAGGCUCCUGUACCACAAAGACAUGCUGGACAACAUUGCCCAAGUUCCGUGAGAUCGGCUACGUGCUGAAAGAGCGGUAUGGUGCCGCUGUACAGGUGGAGGCAGUGCGAGCCACUCGCCUGCGCCAGCCCUCCUUCCUGCGCCUUAAGCAGUCACAUGGCUACAUAAAGCCCACUGACACGGACCUGGUGUAUUUGGAACGCUCCCCAAAUUACUGUGAGGAAGACACAUUGACGGGGAGUACAGGGACUAGGGGCCGCCUCUGCAACCACACCUCACCCCACCCAGAUGGCUGCAACCUCAUGUGCUGCGGCCGCGGUCAUGACACACACCAGUAUACACGUGUGUGGCAGUGUAACUGCAAGUUCCAGUGGUGCUGCUUUGUCAAGUGCAACACCUGUAGUGAAAAAACAGAGGUGUUCACUUGUAAAUGAGAACAAGGGAAAAACAAGCAGGGGGGCACAGAAGUGUGAAGAGGAAGUGAGAAUAAGCUCAGUUUAUCAUGGCUUCAUUUUGCACAUCAGGUACUCAUUGCAGGGGAAAAGGAUCAACAUAAAAGAUGAGAUUUUUGGAAAAAAAGUGCACUGACUACAGUCUGAAACAGCAUAUAAGUUCAUACUACAUGUAAAACUACACACAGUAUAAGGAUUUUACAGCUCAGAGUAUCUGAGGCGAAUGGAAGAAUUUUAUGGGGAUCUGAUGGUGACUGUGUUUGCAUGAUUAUGUCAAACAAAUAAGCUGAUAACCUUGAAGGAAAAGAACCAAUUCUAAAGACUGGAGCUGUUCAAGGCAAUGUCUGUGGAUGGAUGGGAGAAAAGACAUGUUUUUCACAACAUAAUAUGCUGGAUUACUUCACAUGUUCAUUCACACUGUAUCUGUUUGAACACUGAAAAAAGACUUCUUUGUUCGUUUUUUGGAGAGAGAGAACUGCAUAGUUCUUGUCCUGACUUUGUUAAGGCCGAUGUCUCUUUUACAAUUUCGAAAAAUGGUUGCUACUGAUUUGUUGUUGUAUUUCAUAGCUCAUAAUAUUUCAGUACAAUUGUUUAAUAAGAACACAAAAAAAAAACAGGUGUCAGAUUCAGCAUAUGAGUAUUUAUAUUCCCCUGCAUUUCUCUGCUGCUCACUGAUAGAAAACAGGCCAGCUAAGUCCACAGCCAACUAGACAAGAUGUCAUGAGGUCACUGAAUGUGUUGCCGAUUGCUGUGGUGGGAUGUGUGAUGUUCUGCUUUGUUGUGAACAUGAUAUAUAUAUAUAUAUAUAUAUAUAUAUAUAUA